AGGUUGUGGUGUUGGUGGCAGGGAAGAUGUUCGCCUCGGUGGGCCCUCGGGGCGGCCCGCGCCCACCCGCCGCUCCGGCCAUCCCGGAACCGGACCUCAGCCAUCUGACGGCGGAGGAGAGGGACAUCAUCAUGGCUGUGCUGGCUCGGCAGCGGGAGGAGGAAGCCAAGGAUGAGGCCAUGUUAAAAGAAGAGAAGCCGAUUCAAGCGAGGACCGUGAACCUGGUAGGACAGAAGAAACCUCCACCGCAAAAUGACGUCAGAGGUAUCCAGCAGCACUUGUCCAGCUACAGGGAGACAGUGAUCCGGCAGGCCACGGCGGCGGGCUCAGGCGUUCUCCGGGACGACGCGCCAACCUGUGGCAUCUGCCGCAAGACAAAGUUUGCGGAUGGCUGCGGGAACCUGUGUUCGUACUGCCAGACGAAGUUCUGCGCUCGCUGUGGGGGAAGAGUGUCUCUGCGGUCCAACACGGAGGACAAAGUGUUGGCUCUAUGUUCCUCAUUUGGUGGCCAAAGGCAGCCCACAGUGGGAGAGUCAAGCUGCUCCCUGGUGAUAUGGGUGUGCAAUAACUGCAGAAAGCAGCAGGAGAUCCUCACCAAGCCAGGCGACUGGUUCACCGGCCCUGCUGGGAAGCCCUCCGGUCUCGGUUCCGCUGUCAGCGAGCCGUCUGUGUGCCAAGUGUCCGGAGAUAAGCUGAGGUCUCGCUCCCAAGCACCCACGGGCUCUACAGGGACAAUCCAAGACCGGGCUGGUGCACUUGGGACCGCCCCUGGCACAGAUGCUCGGUCACUUAGCGAGCCACCGCGAGACAGGAGAAAUGGACGUGGAGGCGGUGGAACGGGUCGGGGGGAGCGGCGGCCGGGCCAGCCGAGGCUGCAAACCCAGGUCUCCAUGGAUCGAGACCUACGAGGAGAGUCGCGGGAGCGCAGGGAGGGCCGCCAGCUGUCGAAAGUACGGUCCCUGGAGCAUGAUCCUGUGGGAGAGGGUGUCGGCGUGAGAAGGACAGAGGAGGGGGGCUAUCAGCAGGUGGGCAACAGUGGGGGUCCCCUUCGACAAGCGGAGCCAUUUCCUUCGGGAGGCAGGGGUCAGCCCGCGCAGGGUCGUGGCACAGGCAACGCGACGAGGCAGGUCGGGGACUCUUCUCGGCCUGGACAGAGGACGGUGGGCGGGGGACAGGCCGUUUCACAGAAAGCCCCUCCUCCUGAACUCAGAGUACCUUCAGUUUUGGGACCCGAGCCGGGUCUCGGCCCGGGCGCUGGGGUGAAACGGACCAAGCGGGACAAGGCCGAAAGCAUGCUGCGCAACGAUUCGCUGAGCUCCGACCAGUCCGAAUCUUUGCGGCCACCUCCACCGCGGCCCUACAAGUCAAAGCGGGGGCUGGGGGCCGGGGGGAAGAGACAAACUAGCGUCAGCAGCUCGGAGGAAGAAGGUGGAACUACGCCCGAGUACAGCAGCUGCGAAGACGCUGAGAUCGAAAGCGUCAGCGAGAGAGGAGACUGGGAGUGCAAUCCACAUGACCCCACAGGAUGGCAUCAUCCUGUAACCUGGCAGCCAUCCAAGGAGGGGGACCAUCUGAUUGGCCGAAUCACCCUCAGCAAGAGAACUGCCACCAUGCCUAAAGAGGCCGGGGCUUUGCUCGGGCUGAAGGUGGUGGGAGGGAGAGUAACCGAGUCAGGGAGAUUAGGUGCCUUCAUCACCAAAGUCAAGAAGGGCAGCCUGGCAGAUGUGGUGGGACAUCUCCGAGCAGGGGAUGAGGUGUUGCAGUGGAAUGGGAAGCUGUUGCCAGGGGCCACCAUGAAGGAAGUUUAUAACAUCAUCCUGGAGUCCCAAGCUGAACCUCAGGUGGAGCUGGUUGUGUCCAGGCCUAUUGGGGUUUAUAGAAAAUAUCAUGAUAUCCCAAGAAUCCCCGACACGUCCCACCCUCCAUUAGAAUCCACAGGUUCCAGUUCUUUUGAGUCCCAGAAGAUGGAGAGACCAUCUUUAAAUGUCCUGUCUCCCUCCAGUCCUGGGAUGCUCCGAGAUGCUCCUCAGCUGAUGCCCGGGCAGCUAUCGGUGAAGCUGUGGUACGACAAAGUGGGUCACCAGCUAAUAGUCAACGUGCUGCAGGCUGCGGAGCUUCCUCUUCGGCCUGACGGACGCCCCAGGAGUCCAUAUGUAAAGAUGUACUUCCUCCCUGACCGCAGUGACAAAAGCAAACGAAGGACAAAAACGAUGAAGAAGACCUGCGAGCCCAAGUGGAACCAGACCUUCGUCUACACCCACGUCCAUCGCAGGGAUUUCCGCAACCACAUGCUGGAGCUGACCGUGUGGGACCAACCCAGGUCACCCGAGGAGGACAGCACCUUUAUGGGAGAGAUCUUGAUCGAGCUGGAGACGGCCUUACUCGACGACAAACCUCACUGGUAUCCCCUCCAAACCCACGACGUCUCAUCGAUCCCGCUGCCCCGGCCCUCCCCCUUCCUGCCCAGACGACACGCAGACGCCCCUGGCAAGAAGCUGCAGCGUUCUCAGCGUGUAACAGAGCCUGAGUUUGAUGAGCAUACAGCAGUAGUCUCUAAAGCAGACGGGCGUGGCAGAGAGAGGCAACGGGAAUCCACAUCCACCCUGGAGGUGCCCGAUCAGCAGAGGACGCCUUCCCAUCACAUCCGCUCCCGCUCCGUGUCCCCGCACCGCGAGGAGCAGGGGCGCACCAUCCGCUCCCGAGCGCCCAACGUCCCCACCCAGAGGAGUUUGGAUGACGAGCUUCCUCACUCUCGCCGCUCCCGUUCUCCGAACCGCUACUGCGACAACUCCAGAGGCCGGCGUCAGGGGGACGAGUACCUGGACGACAGUGAGGUCAUCUUGAUCCACCAGUCAAUGCGAGGCAAAAGUGCCGAGUGCCUGCACACGAGUGAUCUCCAGCCAUCUUUGGACAGGGUUAAGAGUGCUAGUGCCAACUGUCUCACUCCAGACAAUCAUGCCCCCUCACCAGAGACUGAAAGAAAAUCUUUCUCCCAAUCCCUGCCUGGAAGACGUCCGGCGAGUCCCAGGAUUCUUAUCCAACAUGCUUCCCCCGAAGAUGACAGGCAGCCUCGGACCCUGGAAACCCCUGAAUGUCAGACUCUUGGCAGGAAGCGGUCUGACAGCGGCAGGGGCCAUCUGCACAGCGGCGCGUCUCUGUCCUCGGCGGCGGCGGCCUCAGCAGCGCGCAGAGUGAGGCAGCUCCCACAGCUUCCACCCCAGAGCAGCUCCGUAGAACAAGCCCUGGUAGCAGAGGAGCGUGUUCGUCAGCUCCAGAUGAGGGUUCAUUCUAACCGGAUUUCAGCCACCACCUCCAGCCAACAGGACCUGGACCGGACCCUCCAAAACAAACGAGAGCUCUAUAAGGACCAGCGGAGGAGCAGUGAAAAUGUAUCCCAUAAGUCCUCAGACAGCGAUGUCAGUGACGUGUCAGCCAUCUCUCGAACCAGCAGUGCCUCUCGCAUCAGUAGCACCAGCUACAUGUCCAUCCAGUCAGAGAGACCCCGGGGACGCUUCAGUCGAGCUGUACGUGCGUCGGGCCGCCACAUACUGAAGAGCACCAGCGUGAGCGGCGAGAUCUACGGCAUGGAGCACGCCGACGGCAGCCAGUCAGACACGGCCCUCGGGAGUCUGGGUAGCGGGAUCAAGAAGCGGCGCUCCAGUCUGAGCCAACGGGUCGUUGCCAUCCUGCCGUCGAGACGGAGCCGGAGUACAUCACAGCUCAGCCAGACAGAGGCAGCGGGUAAGGCGGCGGACAGACAGAAAGAGGCGCCGACGGGUAAGAAGGUCAGCAAGGCGGGCAGCAGCACAAUCCAAAGGAGCGUGGAGACGGGGAUGGCGGUGGAGUAUCCUCGUGGAGGCUCGGCCAUGAACCGCCAGGCCAGCAGGGAGUCCACCGAUGGCAGCAUGAACAGCUACAGCUCUGAGGGGAAUCUGAUCUUCUCAGGGAUGCGCUUAGGAGCCGACAGCCAGUUCAGCGACUUCCUGGACGGCUUAGGUCCGGGUCAGCUGGUUGGCCGGCAAACACUGGCCACGCCUGCAAUGGGCGACGUUCAGAUCGGGUUGAUGGAUAAGAAAGGCCAGCUGGAGGUAGAGGUGAUCAGGGCCCGAGGCCUCACCUCUAAACCAGGCUCCAAAUCCCUCCCAGCUCCUUAUGUCAAGGUCUACCUGCUGGAGAACGGAACAUGUAAAGCCAAAAAGAAAACCAAGAUUGCACGCAAGACCCUGGAGCCGCUCUACCAGCAGCACUUGCUCUUUGAAGAAAGUCCUCAGGGCAAGGUGCUUCAGGUGAUAGUGUGGGGCGACUACGGACGACUGGACCACAAAUGCUUCAUGGGUGUAGCACAGAUCCUGCUGGAGGAGCUGGACCUCUCGAGCACGGUGAUUGGCUGGUACAAACUGUUUCCACCGUCCUCACUGGUGGACCCCACGUUAGCUCCGCUCACGCGGCUGGCGUCUCAGACGUCGCUGGACUCAGGACCACCGCCAGGCGUUCGGUCCUAGUGACCGAGUGGCGAACGCUCACCCCCAAAAACAGCCCUGACCUGAUCAGAAAAAUGGACCACAGCUACUGGACCACACCUGAGCAGAGGGUACGGACGCAAGCCCGAGGACGCCGGCGAGGAGGCGCGCCUCGGGGGAAUCAAUGGGAAACCAGACGGAGAGCCAGGGAACAAGCGAGAGAAAGAGAGAGAGAACUAGCAAAUCAAAGCUUAGCUGGAGUCUGACAAUCAUGUCUCACACCUUCCCUCUUCUUCCUCCUUACAUCUUUUGUUUUCAGGGUCUUUGCCUUCUUUGUUUUACUCUCUGAGCUGAAGCUGUGGAGCUUUCCGUCCAACCUUCUUCACUUCUCUUGUUUGUUUUUUUUCCAACUCCUAAUUUUAAGUGCAGUUUCCGCAAGAGCGCCCCGAUCAAAGUGUUGCUCUGCAGCCAAUCGGAGCAGGGCUUCCUCCUCCGUCCCAGGGAAGUAAGAAGCAGAGCGUUGGAGCUUCAUGCAGCUGUUGGCAGAUGUUGGCUGUUGUCUCGGCAGAAGUUAACUCGGGAGCGUCGUCAUUGGCGAGGAGUAGGCGCAGCAGUUUGAACACAGGGGAGGUAAUCUGUAGGAAGAAAGCAGCACAUUCGCAUCCAUGACGUUAGAAAAUGAAAGGAAGCACAAGAAGAAAGGCACGGCUCGUUCGUUUAGACAAAACGACGGAAUCGUUUCGAUCUGUCGGAGAAGACUGUGGCUAAAUAUAUCAUCAGCCUUCAUUUCCGACCAUCGUUCCAGUUUUCGGUUUACCCCGUAGCUCAGAUUUGGUGCCGCAAAGGUGCAGACUCCCGCUGUAUAGUUGUACGUUUGAUUUUCGAGCGGCACCGAACACAAAGGUCGCCUUCACCCAUCUAACCCAGACCUCCUCCCUCCUUACCCGCCCCCCCCCCCGCCCCCUGCUGGAGGGAGCAGCAUGACUCGGGGACGCCCCUCCCCCCACCCGCCCGGCCCGGCCCGUCCCCCAAGCUGCAUGCACGUUUCUUUCGUUUCCGUUCGUUUCAGUUUUUUUGUUUGUUUGUUUGUUUUGCGUUUACGUUCUUUACCUUUUUUGUAAAGUUGAAAGACGAGAUUGAAACAAAACGAAGCAAAUUUCAAGAAAAAAAAAACAAAAGCAGACG